AUGAAUAAGGAAGCAGGUGUUAAUUUAUAUAGCUCAGGGGUGUGGAAACUGAUUUGGAAAUUACGUGUUCCUCCUAAAGCUAAGGAUUUGUUAUGGCGAGCGGCUUCAGAUUGUCUUCCCACGAAAACAAGGCUCCAAUCAAGACAUGUACCGAUACAAAGCAAUUGUCCCAGGUGUGUUAAUCAACCCGAGACUCCGUUUCACUGCUUGGUUGACUGUCCUUUUGCUGCACAAUGUUGGAACUGCAGUGGUAUCACGCUAAAUAUUCAGGGCUAUGUUUCUUUUGCUGGUUGGUUGGAAGCUGUAUUUGAUCGAAUUGCUGCAGCCACUAGAGAACAAAUUGCCGUGACCUGCUGGGCGAUUUGGAAAACCAUAAAUGAUCUGGUAUGGUCUGAGAAGGUGUCUACAGCCGAGAGUGUAGCUGUUCUUGCUCAAGUUACUCUCUCGAAUUGGUCUCAAGCUCAAGACAGAUCACUCGUCCCUCUUCCUGCUUAUCUCUCUGCUGCUGAUGGCUCGGAUACAUGGCAGAAACCAGCUGCUACAUCGAUAAAAAUCAAUGUUGAUGCUGCAAUUUUUGACAGCAAUGGCACAUAUAGCUUUGUGUGUGUUGCUCGGGAUGCAAGUGGCCAUUUGGUGGAGGCUAUCACAUGUUGUAGGGCUGGUGUUGUUCAACCGGAGAUGGCUGAGGCCAUGGGGGUUCGUGAAGCUCUCAGCUGGAUUAAGAAGAAGGCUUGGCACGGGGUAGUUGUGGAGUCGGAUUGUCUUUCGGUGAUUCAAGCAAUUCGUAGUAACCUUCCUUUAUUAUCUUAUUUUGGAAGUGUUAUAUCUGAUUGCAAAUUGUUAUUGGAACAAAUUGGUGAUGUUUCUAUUUAUUUUAUUAAGCGGUCUGCUAAUAGCGUUGCUCACUCCUUUGCGAGGGCUUCCUAUUUUGUUGCUGAUCGUACUCUCUUAAGCAAUGACGUUUCUACUGAUUUGCUUCAUGUAAUCAUGAAUGAUUGCAAUUAA